AUGACUGACGUAGAAAAACGAUACUUUGGUAAACCUUGGAUGAUACAUAACGAUACAAAACUAAUCAAACAACGUAUUUAUCAUGCUCAUCUCUCUCAUCUAAAACCAAUUGGUGAUGAUGAUUUACGAGCUAAAAAUCCAUUACCUCAUCAAUGUAGACGACAUAACUCUAGUAUUCUACCUCCAAUAUCACGCAGUACUUCAUCCGGAUCAUCUUUAGCUAUGGCUCCUCUCAUACCACCACCAAUAACUCAUGUAGAACCAAUACCACCAAUAAACACAAAUAAUACUACAUUACAUGAAGAAGCUCAACGUUUUAUUCCUCGUAAUAAUAUAUCACAAGUUUCUCAAGAACCAUCUUCUGUUCAAGUAAGUCAUAGUGCUCAUCCAAAACGAACUAAACUUUACAAGCAUGUUCAAGCAAAAAUUAAUACUGGUUUAGCACGUACAAAUAGUAUGCAUCCAAUCGAACCUGCUACAUAUCAAUUAGAACCACUUCGUCCAGUGAAUUGGCUUGGAUUAAAAAAUGAAAUUGAACAUGAUUUACAUAUACGCACACAUACUAAACGAAUGCAAUUUAAUUCUAGUAUUCUAUAUGCAACACAAUUAACAACAUUAGGAAAUCUUGUACGUUCAAAAGUUAAAUCUCAUUUAUCAUCAACAACAGGUAGUGGAGAUGAACGAUAUAAAAUUGUUGUUCAUCUUACUAUUUUUCCAACUAUAGCAGCUGGAUUACAUGUUGCAUCACGAUGUUUAUGGAAUACAGAUACGGAUAAUUCAAUAACAAUUAAAAUGCAAGGUGUUGACUGUGAUAUUCUUAUUGUUGUUUUUCUUUGUUAUACGGAACUUUAA